UAGCCGAUUUUGGUUUUUGCGCCACGAUAACACCGGAACAGAGUAAACGAUCAACAAUGGUUGGUACACCUUACUGGAUGGCACCUGAAGUCGUGACUAGAAAAGCAUAUGGUCCGAAGGUAGGUUCCUUUUUAGUGACCUAUUACCAUGUACCGUUUCCACGCAUAUUGUAUACUUGCUGCUGUUUAGUACUGUAGAACUUAAGUUAUCCUAAGCGUAAAAUAAUUUACGGUAAAGGAAGCUAUGAACUGGUAGGACUGCAAAAGUGUUUUAUUUUUCGGAACCACAAUUACUGACUCGUUAAGCUUCGGAUAGACGAAACAAAUCUCAUUGUGCCUGCAAUCUGUCUAAGUUUAUAUAUCUAUUAUAGUCUUUUAGUGACUCAUCAACCAAUAUGAUUGAAUGUUUUAAGACAGUAAGCCCCCGUUGAAACGAAUCCAACAUGCAUUGUUGGACCGACAAUGUUGGCAAUGGUGGAGAGCGCGAUCAUCAAAUGCCAAUUAUGCCUCCCAGAUGUGCUGGGCCAAGACCAUAUAUAUCUUAUAUAGACUAGAUAGCGCAUCUCGUUUAGUAAAAUUGAAGCCAAGAAUAUUCCAACGGUUAUCCCCAUUUAUUCACAGAUGGCGGCCAUGUUGAUGUUUCCCACUCGCUAAUAAACGCUUAAAAAACAACAAUAACUUUCAUCAUUUGAAUAAUUUAAAAAUGUAUCUGGAAUAGGUUUACCUUAAUAUUUAAGUUCCCUGUUUAAGAAAUAGAAAACAUACGAAUCUUCUCAUUUCAUGGAAAUAUCCUGCACGAGUCUGCAAUCACGGCUUCAAUUUUUGAAUUGUAGAAUAAUUAGAUGCACUAUCUAGUGUAUAUAUUAAGAUAUCUACGGCCAAGACGAACUUUUCGUGACCAAACUGAAAAAUAGGUACGCGAUGCGUACAUGUAUCUGCGAAAAAACUUGAUUCACAUUUUGUAUUUUCUUGAAAGAUAAUGAAGAUGACAUGGGACAAUUGAAAUAUUUCAUCACUUAUUAUAAUAGCAGAUAAGAUUUAAAACAGGGGCUGUACACAGCGGGGAGUGCAGCAGGGCAAGUGCCCUCCCCCCACCCCUGCACCGAGAAAAUUUAACUAACUUUAUAAUGUGAUUAUGAUUGUAACAGAUAAUUAUGCAGUCAGGAAAUAAGCAUUUCAUGCAAACAAUAUUCAAAGUGUCUAUACAGCCAGCUAUUUAGUAAACUGUCACCUGUCAAUUCAAUCCAUACUCAUCAAAUUUUCAAAACUUUAUUGUAAUCAUAUGAAGCAAAAGUUAUGUCACUUGUUGUUUACACUUGCCAAUGUUAACUGUUGAGUAACAUACACAAAAUAUUUGGUGAACAUGUCGAAGACCACUGAAUAAUUGAGAAUGUUUUGAAGGUCAUGAGUGAAGUAUAUAAUUAAAUUCCAGUUCUGUGCACAGUUUAUGAUAUACCACACUGUUCGGUUUAACACGUACAGCACAUUCACACAAAAACAAUUGUGUUGUGGGAGAUUAUCGGUUUGAGUAGAAGGUAUCACAAGUUUAGUUUUGUACAUUGUGUGCCAUUGAUCAAAUCCACCAUAUAAUACUGUAUAUGAUUAUUCAUUGUAGCUGUUAAGUUAUUUUCCAUACUAAUGAAUUUAGGUAAGAUUGUCUUGCAAGUUGGUUGUUCUGACAAAAUUAUCCAGCCAAUAUCCAGUACAUUUAUUCUUCAUUCUUGUAUUAAUCUCUAAAGAAAAAUAUUUAUGUUAGAAAGCAAAAUGACAAUGUAAUGAGGCUCGGGAGGGUGAGGAUUCUUUUAUUUGAAAAUGUUGGUAAAAAUUUUGUUUAAUUAACUCUAAUGUGUAAAACCAAAAUGUAUAAGUAUUUUAACUGAUAACAUCUUCAACCUUUGCUCUAACACUACAUUUGAUGACAGCUUUAUAGUUGGACUGUUGUUUUGAACGGAGUCAAUAUACAGAAAUACAGGACCAGGAUUUAAUUCAAUAUCUCCUGAGAAUGUUUUCACUGUUUAAAAUAUUACAGAAGUCACAGAAGGAUUGUUUUUAAUACUGUAUAAAUCUUUUUGUGAACUAUGUUGACAAAUGGCUUAAAAUAUCCUCGAAAAUAUCCAAUAUUUUAUACAGUGUAAUAUAUUAAUAAAAAAUUCCAGAGUGCAUUCCAUGUAAACUCUACGCCGAAGAUACGGCAAUAUUAACUAUAGAUAGUAUAGUAAAUAUUUGCCGAACUGGCGAACUCAUGUAUUAUAAAAUAUGUGGGACAUAUAUUUGCACAAAUUUGGUAUUUAAAUAUAUAAUAUGUGGUAUUUGACUACUUACCAGAUGAGGAUAAGAUUCCAUGUUGAUAAAUAACUUCGGAAUAAUAUCGCAAAUAGAAUGGCGAGAAAAAAAGACAGCCAAUUCAAGAUAAAUUGAUACAAAUAUCAAGAUAUUUUUGAAAGAAUAUAAACACGAUUUAUACACGAGGCCUGACGAGGCUAAAGUAUGCCCGUUCGCAGGUUAGAUGCGAGCACGAUGUAAACAAUUGAUGUAAACGAAUCGCUGAUUGGCUUAAAUUGGCUUAAAUUAUAUAAGCUCGUCGCUGAAUGGCUAUGUGUUGACAUACGGUAACACUGACGGUCACGUUUGCGAUAGCAAUAUAUCUGCUUCGCAGAUACAAAAAUCAUCUUGCAAGUUGCAUGCAAAAAUUUAUAUAAGAAAUUAAGUAUAGGUAAUCAUGCGAUGGCGAUAUAAUUAGGGAUUAAUAGUACGAGUGAUGUUUGGAAAUUUUGCCAAAAUUGGACGAGCCGCCGGGGCGAGUUUAUUAUUAGCAUGACAAAAUUGGAUACUUCUCCGAUGUUAACAUCAUAUAUUCUCUCGCCAAAGCCCAGUCCUGCCAGAUUUUCAACCAAAAUUUGGUGCUUUUGUCCGUAUUUUCAUUUAGUUCUUUUGUUAAAGCAAAAUUUGGUGCUUUUGUUCGUAUUUUCAUCCAGUUCCCGAAGGGCAAUUUCAUUUCACGCUUGUGUUUAAAAUACCUUUCCGCCAUUUUGUUUGUUGUGGGGAAAUCAUUAAUUGUACUGCAGUACAAUUAAUGAAAUAAUUGUACUCCUGUCAACCAAUCAGCAUCCAGUAAUUUUGUCAUGCUAAUAAUAAGAAUGAUUAUUACAAUGAUUUUAAAAAUUAUACGUGAAAAAAGUAUAAGUGAAAAAAGUCAACACAUUACUGUUGAAUAGUCAAUAGUGAUUAUUGUUGAAGAUCCGAACUGUAACAGUUCACAGUUAUCAGUUAAACUUAAUUGGUUGAAAUUGAAUUAUCAAAUAUAAAUUAUGAAAUAUAUGAAUGCUUCAAUGCUAAGAUUUAAUUCUUCUCCACAAAUAUUCUCCCCAGUGUGUAUUAUAUGAUAUUUUCUGAAUUUUCAUCCUCACAAGUCACAAAUUAUGUGAUGUAAAGUCACUAAAAUAGUAAAAUGUUCCUCUGUUGAGUCCGUUCUAAGAAACUUUAGAUUUUCCUAGGGCCAGCCAGAUUCCCGAAAUCCCCUGGCCUAGAGAUUCCAGGCUUUUCCAGCUACAGCACUGAAGAUCCAAACUGAAAUUUCUAUUUGCCAAGACGAAAAUGUUCCUUUUCUACAGGCAUGCCAAUGAUCACGCGUAAAAAACAAUGUUCAAACGAGGCCAACGUGUUACAUCCAACAUUGUUGGAUGAUUUUGGACCAAUAUGUUGGUCUGGUUUGAACGGGCUUUAAAUAAUUACUAUUUAUUAUGUGGCAAGCAUCACUUCCGGUGAAAUGGCGGACUGUGAUUGGCUGAGAAGCACUUUCAGCGGUCCAUUAUUUUCCCGUAAUGGACCGGCGGUCCAUUACGAAAAAACAAACGCAUGCAUUUUAAAACAAAACAGCAAAACUAAUUGAAAAUUAUAAUUUAAUUUGUUAUUAAUAAGAUGUCUGCGAAUGGUUUUAAGUGGAAAGGAAGGAAUGCAUUGGUAAUUUUUGUUUUCUUCGACCAAAUGGUGUACCACGCUACUAAUAUGCAUUUCAAAUCAUGUAUAUCUUGUUUGUUUCAAGUAUAAAUGCCAUAUAAUAAACUUUUUAUUAACCUCCCUUGCUUGGUCUUUACAGAGAAAUAUCGGACCUCGGUCUUUUUGUACAAACCUCGCCCUACGGGCUCGGUCUGUACAAAAAAGACCUCGCGUUCGGUAAAUAAGAAGUUGGUGAUUGACACCAGGCUAUAAUAUCACAAUGGCCAAAUGGCUUAGAAGAAUACAGCUCUGCUAAUGGUAAAUGGGAUGUAGGACAUGCAAUUUGCGAGCACGAUUGAAUUACUGAUAGAAUUUACUAUCAAUGUUUACUGUGGUGUAGGUUGAUAUAUGGAGUUUAGGAAUUAUGGCAAUCGAAAUGGUAGAAGGAGAACCUCCAUACCUUAAUGAAAAUCCCCUCAGGGUAAGUUUUCGAAGUUAGUGUAAAUUAGCGUCACGAUGUCUUGAUAAGAAGUCGCCCCUGUUGAAUCGUUAAUUCAAAACUUGAAUAUACAGUAACAAAUAUGCAGUAAUCAAUUUACGUGGUGUUUCACAAACAAAACUAUUAUAUUUUUCGCCAUGCAAACAUACAAAGAACUUAUACAGUAACAAGUUCUACAAUAAAGAAAUGUAUCCAUGCAUAGCUGUGUAAUUCGUGCAAAUUUGUAGCUCUAUAUACCGCCCCAUGAAAUCUAAGUAAGUAUGGGAGGGGGGAGGGGUGCUAGUCAGGAUUACUGUGCUAUAAAACAGACAACGUUUCACAUAUAUGGAAAGCUUGAAAACUCGAUAGAUUUUCGUGUUACUUCGUCUGCUCGUGCGCCCAAAUAACGGGUGUAGCAAGGGAUAGCCAAAUUAUCUAUAGAUGCCAGAAUGAAAUACCCACAUGGAAGGCAAGACCAAUAUACGGUCUACAGUAUAUCCAUGAUACUAGACAAUCGAGUUCUCAAACCUUCUGUUAUAUUAACGUAAUGAAUAAUUUAACUCUCCGUCAGAGGCGGAUAAUUGCGGUGCAACCCAGAAUCUGUAAUUGCACCCCUCCCCCUCCAUUCUAGUUCGGGUGCAUUGUUUUACCAUUACAGCUGCCAUCAAAAGUUAUUUACAGGAGGUUUUGAUAGCUUCGAUAAUCACUGGUGGGGGCGAACUCCUUGAGGGUUGCUGCAGAACGUGGAGGCGUGUGGAAAUGCGUGUGUAUAUUUUUAAAAAUUAGAACACAACGUAACACAAGAAAUACUUCUUCUCAUUUUAUAGGCGUUAUAUUUAAUUGCGACAAAUGGAACGCCUGAACUGGCUCAUCCUGAAAAAUUGUCACCCGUUUUCAAAGAAUUUCUAAGUUACUCCCUAGAAAUGUCUGUUGAAAAACGCUACAGUGCAAGACAACUUUUGCAGGUAUGUACGUAAUCGUGUAGUUAGCUAGAAAGGGAGAUUUGUGAAUUUUUGUGAUUCUAUCUUCGCUUUGGUAAGGUGGUCUCAUGCGAGUGCUUCCACUUUGAAUCUACCAAAAACUCCGCAGGUUUUCCUUUGGUGUGCCGGUUCCCUUCUGUAGUAAAAAACUGUCAGUACAACUAUAUUUUCUAUUUUACAUAUAGCAUGACUUAAUCAGACAGUCAAGGUCACAUGCAUGGAAACUACAGUGUGGCUUACCCUUAUUUAUUUAUUACCUAUAAUUCAUAUUUUUGAACAAUAUCCACUGUUACGAUAAUGUAAGCACAGAAUGAUUACCAAACGUAAGUUGGUGGCAGCGAGCAUGACAAAAUAGGUCGUGAGCAAUAAAUACCAAGAGAUUCUAACAAGGCCCCAUCCGAUAAAACAGAACAGGGAUUAUGUUCGUUGCCCUGCAAUCAAUGAACUACGAAAGACAGCCUACAACAAGCGAGUGAUGGCAAUCGAACGUCAUAAACAUACGUUAACUGAUUGGGUCUACCUUGUGGCACACGCUUGAUAAUAUGUUAAAGUCGUCAUGUUUUGUUAUUUCAGCAUCCAUUCUUAAAGAAUGCAAAACCUCUGGCUAGUCUUGUUCCUUUAAUUAUGGCUGCCAAGGAAGCAACGCAGAGACAUUGAUCGCACAAGAAUAUAAAAUAUAAUUCAUAUAUUCCACUGGUUCAAGGAAUUUGUACCAGCCGGACUCUAAUUUGAACAAAUGACAAAUUACCAGAAAAUUUAUUGAAGUCGGUAACUGGAAGUCUUGAAGACUGAGCGAAGGAUAGUAAUGUGAAAUACAAAGUAGCGUUAAGUUGAACACAAAUCCAUACACCGAAAAUGGAUUUCAAAAACGCCAAGGAGAACUUAUUUCAGAAAACAGAUGGAAUUAACCGAAAAUCAAUUCGAAUGCACAUUUUCUUAAGAUUUAUCGUGGUAACGUUUAGCUUUUUAGAAUAUUUCACAUAUUAUAGUUUAAUAGAGGAUUUAGUUUACAGGUUUUGAGUACAAUUGUAAAUAUGAGUUGAUUCCAUGUACAUGUAACUUUUUCUAAGCUAGAAUUGAGCUGUUUUAUUUUCUUAGAUUUAUGCAGACAAUAACAUUUCGUGGUUUGCGCUAUCACUGUAAGCAGACAAAAUACGUUUGUGGAAAUAAUUGCUCGAGUUUUGCUAUUAUUAGACAACAGAUCGCACAUUUCCUCCAUACUGUGAUUGGAAACGCCUAUAAAAUUAAAAUAGAAUAUAUGUAUAUCAGGCUGAAACAUGCAUACAUGAAACAUGAUAUAAAAGAUAUAGACUGUAUGGGGAAUAUAAAUAUAGACUAACAUGAAAAUAGCAAAUAUGGAAGACAUGAAAGAUUUUACAAUUUUAUCGUUCAAUCUCUCUCAUUUAUGGAGAUUGAACGUUCAAUCUUUCAAGAUUUUAUCUGUUCAAGAUUUAUCUGUCCAAGAUUUUAUCGUUCAAUCUCUCAUUUAUCGUGAUGGAGAAACCCAAGACUAGUUGCUCUUGAAAUACAGGAUUAGCCACCUUAAUAUUGUAACAAAAAAGUUUUACUACCACUAAAAUGCAAAUUAUGUGUAAAUCACUAUACACGAAGUUUACCGUACUUGUCGCAUUCUCGUUCCCAGGGCCUCUCGGUAGCGCGCGACCUUCGUAGACCCUGGGGUAUAAGGAACCGGAAGUGCAAGAAAACUUACAGUUUCUGAAGCGCAUACUCUUGAAUUGGGACACUUAGCACCCGUAACAAUUUUCACCAGCCUCGUACCCAGGCGCAAAUAACUAAAAAUAGGCACACUACAGUGUUUUUAUAUAGAUUAGUGGCUAAGUUGAGCGGGGGUGCAUGGGGAGGACGCGUCCCCAAGCACCCCUGCGCGCUCGCUCAGCUUAGCCACUGAUCUAUAUAAAAACACUGUAGUGUGCCUAUUUUUAGUUAUUUGCGCCUGGGUACGAGGCUGAAUUUUCACAGAGAAGUAUCAGGGAUGGACCAUUAGAUUUUUUUUUUGGGGGGGGUGGUUGGGCAAUUUUUUCGUGCAUGAUAUUUUUUUUGCCGGGCAAAGAUGAAAGGAUACUUGAUGAAAGUCACUAGUGUUUUCAUCAAAUAUCUUAAUUACGCAUGCAAAAUUACUUGCAUCGAAUUCCUGAUUACGUCAGGGCAUUUUUUAACUAUAUAACUGGGGGGGCUAAAGCCCCCCCAGCCCCCAUGGUGGCCCCCCCACUCAACCAUUUUGGCCCCCCCAGUCAAAGUCCCUUUUCUCUAAAAUAUAAGCAAA